AUGAUUAGAUUAAAACAGGAGUUGAAGAAGAAAAAGAUAAUAAAAAAGAGCAGUUCCUAGCGAAGGAUGAAGAAAAUGCCCAAGAUAAAGUUGAAAAUGAAGAAAUAGAGGCAGAAACUGUAGAGGCAGAAACUGUAGAGGCAGAGACUGUAGAGGCAGAAACUGUAGAGGCAGAAACUGUAGAGGCAGAAACUCUAGAGGCAGAAACUGUAGAGGCAGAGACUGUAGAGGCAGAAACUGUAGAGGCAGAGAGUGCAUCAAAAGUACAGCGUAAUACAGCAGAAAAACAGAUCUCUCCAUUGGCUAAAGCAAUUGACAAGAGAAAUGCUACAGAUAUCAUUGGACACAUCAUUUCCCAAAACUUCAACACAGAUUUGAGCUAUUUGGAAAGCUGCAGCCUGUUGAGCGGUGAAAUACAGUUCAAGCCUAGAAAAAGACCAUUGAGGACAUAUAAUGGACCGGAUAUUUUGGUGCCAGGAGAAGGCGGAAUGAGUGUUUUCUACCUCCUAAAUAUAUUUCCGGAUUUUGCUAAAAUUGCUGUUUACAUUUUUGCAAAAUCCCACUUGGACCAUUAUGUACAGCAGUAUCAUAAAGUUGACAUGGAUAACAUCAAAAAGGCCCUAAACAACAGAAGCCAAAGCAGGACGGUCAGAGACCUGUUAAUUGAGGAGGCCAAAAACCUAUUAACAGAUGAAAAAAUGGGUCCUGCAGCAUUAAUGUUUACUGCAGGAUACUUAAUGAAAGAGCUGGUGAUAUACCAUGAAGAGGGGGUCAAUGACUACUUGUGUGCCUGUCCUUGUGCUCAAGGGGUAGAAGUGCAGCACAUCUACCAUGAUAAAGGGGACAACUUCUACCCCUUAUCCCAUAAGGAUCUAUGGAGAGCUGAUGGCCCAAGUACCCGUUCCAAAAUCAGAGACAAUUACCAGACAUUGGAAGAGGAUAAUAAAGGAUGCUUACCAGGAAUGGAAUCAGAUUCAGUAGUUUUUCAGCGAUAUGGCCAUGAAAUCUGGCAGGGAGACAUAAAUAGACUGUCAAAAGGUCAUUGGUUGGAUGACAGCAUUGUUUAUGUUGCAAUAAGACAUCAUCAAGAGACAUAUGCAACAGAAGAUAGUAUUCACACAUUUGAUCCAGUCUUCAGCAGGAAGCUCUUGGCAAAAGAAAAUUGUCCUGAUGAUGGUUCUAGGUUGAUCCUCCACUCAUGCAAUAUAGAUCUUGUGAAUGCCUAUAGCCGGAGAAUUGCAUUUGAAGAGAAACGGUUGAUAUUGGUCCCAAUAUGUGACAAUACACACUGGAUUCUGGCUUCCUUUUGCCCCAAGACUUUCACUGUAACCAUGAUGUGCUCAAUGGGAGGUUGCUAUCGGAAGACAGCACAAUCACUUGGAAGAUACUUUGCUGCAAUGUAUGCAAAAUCAUUUGAGGAAGUUAAAAUCAGUCAUGCAAAGGUUCAAAAGCAGCAAAAUGGUAAUGAUUGUGGCGUAUUUGUAGUUGGAUAUGCUGAAUGUUUACUCAAGAAUGGGAAUCUUGAAGAUUGGAAGGUCAAAGGCAGAUCACAACUUCUGAAAAUAAUUAAAAAAAUGUAUUAAACUUUUGUGAACUAUCAAUGUAAAGAUAAAAGUUGAUGUCGUGAUGUACAGUUUUAGUAAGUUUGGUAUAAUAUCUAGAUCGUUAUUAUCUAUGUGGUACAUUUUGGUUUGCUAUUUAUUGCGAACCCAAUGAUACUUUUCCACAGAUUCACCUGCAAGUUACCUGUCGAUUUAAACUUUUGUAAGUUCUAUUGUCCCAUCUAACAAAUACAAUAGCUAUUGUUCUCUGUUUAGUUUAUUCAAUUGAACCUUUAAAUUUCUUCCAAGAGAAAUCUAUCACUCACUGAUUAAUUUACCGGAACAAAAAUUGAACUGUCAAUGAUGAAAAUACAUGUACAAAUAAGGAACCACAAAACUGCAUAUGAUGUUGUAUUUAUUCAAUAUCAAUUACUCAUUUUCAAUUUGUUUAAUUUAAACACUGAUUUAAAAAUUAAAAGUUGAUUUCUGAUCAAAUUUCAAUAUUUUACCUAUCAAAAUUUGCUUUUUUAGUGUGUUCACAAAUAUAAACUUGAAAAUGAUAAUGUUUAAAUGAAGGUCUUCGUAAAUAUAUUAUUUAUAACUGAACAACAAAAAUAAAACAUGCAUGCCAAUUCUUUGAAACUGUAGUAAAAAAGAAUUCAGAAAUAAACUUUUUAUAACUGAAUCAGUUUUUAUAUUGAACUGAUUGAAAAUAUAUUAUUGAUAUUGAAUAAAUACUGUAUCACAUGCAGUUUAUAUGAGUUUAUUCAUGUAUUUCAAUAUACAAAGAAGAUAUUUUUUGGUCAGGCAAAUGAUUCAA